AUGGUAGAAGAUUUCAUAUUGGACGUAAAAUUGUUAGCUGAAAGCUGUGGAUUUGGCUCGGAAGAAAAAGAAAAUCAAAUCAGAGAUCGCAUUGCACUAGGCGCUGCUGAUUUGAAAGCUCGAGAACGGAUUUACGAGCUGGAAAAUCCAAGUUUAGAUGAAAUCGAAAGGAUUUUGAUUUCUCGGGAACAGAUGGCUAAACAUACAUUCAGAAUUGAAACAACGGAGAGAGUAAGCGCCAUUGAACGGAUCGGUCGCCGAUGGAGUGAUGAUCGAGUCGAUUGGAGAAGGUCUAGAGAUAGCGGUAGGCGAGAAGUGUAUCCAUCUCGCGAUCGCCAAAGCCGAUUCAACUAUAGACAACGAAAUCGGUCAUACUCUCGGGACCGAUCCAGAGGAGGUGUUGUGUGCAGUUUUUGUAACAUGAAAGGACACAUAAGAAGAAAUUGCUUCGAGAGAAAGAAAUCUCAGCAAUCAAUACGAUUUUUGGAUGAUUCAACAGAAAACGUGUCCCCAAGCUUCGAUUUCAAGCGAUCCAAAAACCCUGAUCCAACUGAUUCGGAUGAUGAGUUGCAAUGCUUGUCAAUUAAGGUCUCAGAAGAUCAGAGCGGAUAAAAAGACGAUGUAAAGAUGCUGUCCAAGGGCCGCCGAGGAAUUUCCAGAGAUGAUUUAUAAUGAGAGUGCAUAUGGUUUGAUUAUUUAUAUAAUUAUCGGAUUUGUUGAAUUAUUAAGUGAGCAUUUGCCAAAUGAAUUGAAUAUUGCUAUUUAAAAAUGUAUUUCGCUGCAUAUUGUCAUAAACGUUAACUAAAGG